AUGUACCGUAUUAAUCCAGUAGUUGAGGACACCGAUGAUGACAUAGUUCAUACUGACAAUAUGUACAAAAUGAGCGUUGCGGGUCAGCCAAUUCCAACGGCAAGUACCACUGGGCCCACUGAUCAAUUCUCCCGUUUUCUUGUUAACAAAUCGGGUGCUAGAUCAAAACUUGGUCAGGCCUUAGAGACCAUGGGACAACAACAAGGAUGCAAACAUGUAGAAUCCGACCAGAGAGCAGAGAAACAGACUUCCAAGGCUGCUCUGAAUACUGAGGUAUCCAACGAAAUGAAUCUUGAUAAAUAUAUUGUCAGAAAGGUGGCUCCCGUUUCUAAGCUCGGCAAACACCUUCAAUCACAGCAGGAGGGUGAGAACCGGUCUGAUCACGACUUGGAGUUUCUUCAUCGUCUUAAGGAAAUGGAGCAAAUGUUGGAUGGCUUCCUCGUCCCGAUGGGCCUCGUUAAAUCUAGCGAUCAUAUCUCGUCUUCACUACUCACGGAUAGCAAAGUCCCGGAACCUCCUGCUCAACCAACCAAACGCGUUGAAAAGCCAACUACGGCGCCGAUCUCCACUCUCAUGACCAAUUCGAUCCCUUCUCCCGCUCCGCCUCCUGGCGGUCAUACUGGUGACUGCUCAAGGGUGGUUCACCCUCUGCAUGGACUGGAUCAGGUACUGGACAGCCUCUUUGCUCCGAUGAGUCCCGUUAAAUCUGGCGAGCAUGCUUCAUCUUCACUGCUCGGGGGUAGCAAAGUCGCAGAACCUCCUGCUCAACCAACCAAACAUGUUGAGAACCCGACCGCUGCGCCGACUUCUGCGCCCUCGACCAAUCUGGUGCCUUCUCUCACCUCACCCUCUGGAGUCCAAAUUGACGACGACCCAAAAUUGAUUCAUCGUCUUAAAGAAAUGGAGCAAUUACUAGAUGGCUUUCUCGUUCCGAUGGGCCUCGUUAAAUCCGGUGAGCAUGCCUCAUUUUUGCUCACGGGUAGCAAAGUUCCAGAGCCCCCUGCUCAACCAGCCGAACGUAUUGAGAAGCCGACUUCUGCGCCCACGACCAAUCAGAUGUCUUCUCUCAUCUCGCCUUCUGGGGGCCAAAUAGAUGACGACCCAAAAUUGAUUCAUCGUCUUAAAGAAAUGGAGCAAUUACUAGAUAGCUUCCUCGUUCCAAUGGGUCUCGUUAGAUCUGGCGGGCAUGCCUCUUCUUCGCUGCUCACGGAUAACAUAGUUCCAGAACCUCUUGCUCAACCAACCAAACAUGUUGAGGAGCCAACCACCGCGCCUAUCUCUGCUCCCAUGAAUAACUUGGUGUCUUUUCUUCCUCCAACUUUCGUUGACCUCGCACUUCACUGCGACCCCAGAACUCCGCCUUUUGCGAUUCUCCUCUACAGCAAGAUGCUGAAAUUGGGAGGUCACGAUGUCUCUCUCCAAUUCUACAAGCACUCCUCUCUUAUGUCGAUUCCGGAACACUUGCCCCAAUUGGAAAAGUUCUUCACAGAUCAGCCUCGUUCUUCUGCCUCAAAGUUAAUUCUUUCCGUAAUUUGGCGACCCUGUGCCUUGGGUUGUAUGGCUGUUUCGAACCCCUUCACUGACCUCCCACUCUACGGCGAGUCGGCCAUUUUAAUGUUCCUUUCAAGUCUCUCACCCGACUUUGCCAGGUCUUUUGGGAACCUGUCUAGGAUUGAUUCGGCUGUCCUCACCAAGAAUGAGGAAGUGCUCAUGAAUUGUAUCGAGAAGUUUGGGAAAAGGGGCAGUGAGCCCUUCUCGAUUGAAGAGCUCUCACUUUUCAUAUCCUGUGAGGUAGCUGGAUUGUCUUCUCUUAUACAGAGAGCCUCCAAUUCCUGGUUCAGCCGAUGCAUGUCAAACGAGUGUUUUGCCACGACGAAAAAAAUGAUUGAUCAGUAUCAUUAA